AUGCAACAACUCGGAAUUGUACGUAUACUUUCAGUAGUUUUGCUCUCUCACGUCAAGCUAUAUCUUGCCUCGUCACGUCGCUAUGACCCUAUCAGACGUUUUGUCUCAACGAUAGGUGGCCCGCAUGCGGGAUAUUUUGUCAAUAAUACUUACGAGUCCAACAUUGGAUUGCCAGUCGCAACUCAAGAGCUCGAGCUUGGAGCUCAACAAAAGUCCAAGGUUGUCGUCAAUAACAUAGGGAAUAGUAGUGAAGUCAAUAUGUACGUGACCGGAAAUGAUUUGACCAACAACCUUGUCAUCUUAACACCGAAUGGACAAUGGUAUUAUCCCACUGUCAAUGACUCCCUAAAUGUUCCAAUGAAACUGUCUUCGGACGUCAUUACCAUCCCCGUACAAUGUACCAGUCCAGCUAUAGAAGUUCGGCUUCCCAGCCCCGUAUCAGCGGGAAGGAUUUGGUUCGCACACGGUGAUCUGGAGUUUUCAGUUGUCAGGACCCAGACCAGCAGCGCCUCGCUUGUCCAACCUUCUCUGACCUAUGCCAAUAUUUCAUGGGACUUCGUGGAGUUCACGACCACCCCGGAGGAAGGUUUAUGGGUCAACCUCAGCUUCGUGGACUUUGUCGGCAUAGCCUUGGGCCUAGAACUGGUGAAUUAUAGCCCAGAGAACACCACUUCAGUCCCACAGUCGGCCUUGGGUCUGCAGUCAAGCGCGAUAGACACACUGUGUCGACGCUUAGCCGACCAAAGUAUUAUCGACGGCUAUAGCUGGGGAGAUUUAUGUCUGAGAAAUUCAGAUUCUCGCCCAGUUCGGGUACUCUCUCCGACUUCUUAUAUUCAGGCGAACCCGGAAGCUUUUUCAGACUAUUGGACAUGUUAUAUCGAAGAAGUCUGGACACGGUACACCUCUGAGAGUCUAACCAUCUAUCCCAACUCUCAGGAUUUGGGGGACAUCUCUUGCGGCGUUCAGGAUGAUCUUCUUAUCUGUACAGACGCGAAGGGAACAGUUGAAGACUUUGGGAAACCGUCGGCGAAAGACGUUUUUGGGUGCAAUAGUGGCCCAUUUACUAUCACCGAGAACUCCAGCGACCUGUCUCGGGCAGUUGUACCACGACUCUGCGCCGGUAUCAACCGGUCUACUCUACUCCUCGACGACUCUAGCUUUCAGCCAAGUGGCAUCCCUCCCAGGUUAUACUAUACCGGCAACGUGACCAAUUGGUAUAGUAAACUAGUCCACCAAUUGGAGAUCGAUGGCAAGGGGUACGCAUUUCCCUACGACGAUGUAUCGUCGGUCGAUGGAGAUAGCAGUCAAUCGGGACUACUGACGGUUCCUGAGCCAUGGGUCCUAAGUUUAUUUGUCGGCGCCUAA